CCCAUUCUAAAUGCGCAUGCAUGGCUCCGGGAGUGCUCACCGCGGUGAUCGGUGCGGAUCACCUAUCAAUGGAAAGAGCCAAAGAUAUCGGCUCGGUCAUGUGAUCAGCUAGGGGACAUGUACACUGAUCAUCAGGGUACUGAUGAUCAGUGUGCCCUGAUGAUUUGUGUAGCCCCAGCAGUGCCACCUGUCAGUGUCCAUCAGUGUCAGCUAUCAGUGCUCAUCCAUGCCCCCUGCCAGUGCCCAUCAGUGCCACAUCAAUACCACAUUUCAGUGAAUACCAGUGUACAUCAAUGCCACAUAUCAGUGCCCAUCUGAGCUGCCUUUCAGUGUCACCCAGUGCCAGUCAGUGCCACCUAUCAAUGCCAGUCAGUGCCACCUAUCAGUGCUGCCAAUUAGUGCCGCCUAUCAGUGCCAGUCAGUGCCGCCUAUUAGUGUGCAUCAGUGCCGCCUAUCAGUGCCAGUCAGUGCUGCCUAUCAGUGCCAGUCAGUGCCAUCUAACAGUGCCAGUCAGUGCCGCCUAUCAGUGCCGCCUAUCAGUGCCACCUAUCAGUGCCGCCCAUCAGUACCAUAUAUGAGUGCUGCCUUUCAGUGCCCAUCAGUGAUG